AUGUGUCGAUCUUCCCCCGCCGCGAUUGCAGCUGUUGGUGACGGGUUGAGGAUGGCGUACGCGGAAUGUCGAAACCAGCUUGGAGGCUAUAGGUGGAACUGCACAGGCAUUGGCGAUGGGAACGACUUCGGACACGUGAUGCCUUUAGCAACUCGUGAGGCAGCAUUCACAUAUGCGAUCACAUCGGCUGGCGUGACGCACGCACUCAGCACAGCCUGCGCGAGAGGCGAUCUACCGGCUUGCGGGUGCUCAUCAAAUAGGAGACGAGCUCCAAGUCCGUCAGAUCAGUUCCACUGGGGUGGUUGUGGCGAAUCAGCGUACGGCGCCCGGUUCGCUCGUCGAUUCCUGGAUUCACGGGAAAUAGAGGCCGAUGCUAGGAGUCUCAUGAAUCUCCACAAUAACCGAGUUGGAAGGAAGAUAGUAAAGGACCUAGUUCGACGCGAGUGCAAAUGUCACGGUGUGUCUGGAUCGUGUGCUCUGCGCACAUGUUGGCGCGCUUUGCCGCCAUUUCACGCUGUUGGCGCUGCGCUGAGGGAGAAGUAUCACCGCGCGAGACUGGUAACACCCCACCCUCCGCCUGCCACGCAUGCACCACAGACGCAUUUGGUGAUACGAAGGCCAAGACAGAACGCAGGCAUUGGCAGGCAACCAAGAAAAUCUGAACUGGUUUUCUUGGAACCAUCUCCUUCCUACUGUGAAGCAGAACCAAUGACAGGCUCCUUUGGGACACAUGGGAGACACUGCAAUCGAACAUCUCGGGGUGAAGAUGGAUGUGAAACUCUCUGUUGCGGAAGGGGUUACAACACAAUACAAUCUGUCGAAGAAACAAAAUGUCGAUGUAAAUUUCACUGGUGUUGUCGCGUUUCUUGCGAAAAGUGUGUAACGCGCACGGAAAUUCACGUGUGCAAGUGA